GGGAUAAACUGGAAGCCUGGGCCCUCGGAGGGCUAGUCUAGGUCCAGUGCUGGCCCUGGACAGCGUCCUCUUGUCUGGAAAAAGUAACAUCGGAUCCGGGCUGAGUGAUGAAAGGUUUUUUCUGAGGUGUGCCUUGGAGGUAGGGUCAGCUCCCAGAGGACAGCAGUUCAUGUCUGUUUGAGGACUGGAAUGGGCAGCUGCCCAGAGGAAGGGAUGGUGUAAGAGGCUUUCCUGCUUGCAGGCCCUCCUGAGUGGCUGUAUAGCUCAUUCAUCCACACCGAGGCGCUAGACUGGCCUGGGGGUUUGCUCAUUUUGCCAGAACAAGUGCCAGAACAACUUUGUGGGGACAGAAAGUUGGGUUUUGUACUGGUAACUUCAGCCCCUGCCCGGAAAACCAUAGGAGGCAUUUGAAGUGGGUGCCCUGUUUAGCUGAAUGACUGCCAGGGACAGGUAUGGGGGAAUGAAGCAUGCUGACAAGGAGGGAGCAUGGUUGGACAUUGGCCCUUCCUCCAAGCUGGCCCAAAGCAAUUCAUUUGCUACUCUCCAGCCCUCUUCUGGCUUUCACCCUGCCCAGGGGCUCUCAGGGCCUUUGUCUUAGGGAGCACCAGAGGCGCAGGAGGAGGUUAUCCAGAAGGAAAUGGGCAGCUCGUCAUUUCAUCAGUGAGGAUUUGCUCUUGCAGUAAACAAGAACAGAGGCUUUCUUCAGUAGGCACUGUGGAGUGGGCAGAGGAUGGCAGUGGGGUGCUCACAGUUCAUCUGGGAGAUAAGAUAAUCCCAGCCAAGCAGGCAUGGAGCAGUAUGGACAAAGGUCGGGCAAGGAGGCCACGACAAAGGUGCCAUCAGGUGCAGGAUUCUUUGUUCAGCUCCGACAGUGGCUUCAGCAACUACCGUGGCAUCCUGAAUUGGUGUGUGGUGAUGCUGAUCUUGAGCAAUGCACGGUUAUUUUUGGAGAACCUCAUCAAGUAUGGCAUCCUGGUAGACCCCAUCCAGGUGGUGUCUUUGUUCCUGAAGGACCCCUACAGCUGGCCUGCCCUGUGCCUGGUCAUUGUGGCCAAUGUCUUUGCUGUGGCUGCGUUCCAGGUUGAGAAGUGCCUGGCGAAGGGUGCCCUGACGGAGCAGGUGGGGCUGCUGCUACAUGGGACCAACCUGGCCACUGUUCUCUGCUUCCCGGCGGCUGUGGCUUUGCUGGUCGAAUCCAUCACUCCAGUGGGCUCUGUGCUGGCACUGACAGUGUACACCAUCCUCUUCCUCAAACUCUACUCCUACCGUGAUGUCAACCUGUGGUGUCGUGGAGCCAAGGCAAAGGCUGCUUCCAAGGUAAAGAGGGCUGGCGGGGCUGCUACCCAGGGAAGUGUGAGCUACCCAGACAACCUGACCUACCGUGAUCUCUACUAUUUCCUCUUUGCCCCAACUUUGUGUUAUGAGCUCAACUUUCCCCGCUCUCCCCGUAUUCGGAAGCGUUUUCUGCUGCGAAGGCUCCUUGAAAUGCUGUUCUUCACGCAGCUCCAGGUGGGACUCAUUCAGCAGUGGAUGGUUCCUACCAUCCAGAACUCUAUGAAACCCUUCAAGGAUAUGGAUUACUCUCGCAUCUUGGAGCGGCUGCUGAAGCUGGCGGUCCCCAAUCACCUCAUCUGGCUCAUCUUCUUCUACUGGCUCUUCCACUCCUGCCUGAACGCUGUGGCAGAGCUCAUGCAGUUUGGAGAUCGGGAGUUCUACAGAGACUGGUGGAAUGCAGAGUCUGUCAUCUACUUCUGGCAGAACUGGAACAUACCCGUGCACAAGUGGUGCCUCAGACACUUCUACAAGCCCAUGCUCCGGAGGGGCAGCAGCAAGUGGAUGGCCAGGACAUUGGUGUUCCUGGCCUCAGCCUUCUUCCAUGAGUACCUGGUGAGCGUCCCCCUGCGAAUGUUCCGCCUCUGGGCCUUCACAGCCAUGAUGUCUCAGAUCCCACUAGCAUGGAUCGUGAGCCGCUUCUUCCGGGGCAACUAUGGCAACGCAGCCGUGUGGCUGACGCUCAUCAUUGGGCAGCCGGUGGCUGUGCUUAUGUAUGUCCACGACUAUUACGUGCUCAACUAUGAGGCUCCAACAGUGGCAGCCUGAACCACUCUUCACUGCCCAUGGCCAAAGCCAUCCUGCCUUCCAGGGCCUCCUGUGCUGGGGCUGGAGGCUGGCUGCAUAGUAGCAUCCUCCUGCCCUGGGAGGCCUCUCUGCCCCUGUGGGGCUCCUCCUGUGCCCCUUAGGGAGGUGGCAGCAGACCAGGCAGAUGCUGGCCAGUAGUCUGCUGACUGCCUAGGGGCCAAAGAUAUUAAUAAAGUGCUAUCCUAUGACCUUC